AUGCUGCAACGUAGUCGUGUAAAGUUGGACAUCCGAGCCAAGUUGUUUACAAGUCGCGUAAUACCCUACGGUAAUGAUCUACCCGAUGAUGUGUUCCCUAGCCUCGUUCGCCGCAGCAACGAGCAGUCACCUAUCACGACGGAGGUGUCGCACCACAUCGUCACUCGAGGUCCACCGGUCCACGCACUUUCUAGUCGACGAGCACCAGACAAGUUACGCACCGCACACGCAGAGCUUCAGCACAUGCUGAACAUGGGUACCAUGCGCCCUGUUGAUUCUGGAGGACCCAUCUCGAACGAGUUACGCGUGCGUCAGUAUUGA